CCAACCGCCGCCAUCGCCACUGCCCACCAAAAACUUACUCCUCUCUUUCCUUCCAUCUCGUCAGAUCCCGAUUUCCCGAUCCUCCCUUCUCUCUCCGAUUCCGCAUAGAUCUGGCCCUCCCAGAGCCAGAUCCCCACCUUCUCCGUGACCCAAUAUACCGUGAACAAUGUCCUCGGCCGCGGUGGUAGCGCCAGUGUGCCCAAUAUGCCGACAUGGCCGGCCUCGGCGGCGGCGCGCGACCUGGGAUGGACCACUUCACGUCACCGGAAGAUCUGCCCUCCUGGUCUUCGGAUCUUGUCAUAGGCCAAACCAGUCUGGGUCGGAUGUGGAGAUCAAGGCGAUGGAAGCCUUCGUCAUCGAUGAUUUCUAGCUAGCGGUCGAGGUCUACGUCAACUGCAUCAGCGCCAUCUUCGAUAUUUAGCGCGCGCACGAGUCUAUCAGCGGCGCUCGCAAGAGCGGCGAUGCACUCAUCUCCUCCGAGGAGUUCAUGGUCAUGGUGGCCUUAGGUGGCGCCUGCUUCGCCGACAUCGCGUGCGCCAGAUCUGAGGUACACACGAUGUGACAUAGUUCACGGCGGAUCUGGUCACGGGGUCACCGAACCACGACUUCACCAGGCCAGCUCGCCAUCACCAACCUCCCCGUGUGGUAGCCCGUGCUUUUUAGCAGGUAUCCACAUCUGUGAAGAAGAGGAAGGGGUACAAUCAGUCACCUCCUGAUCUGGAGGAGGACGUGAUGUUGCUGAUGAGCUGGAGGGCAAGUGAGAAGGUUGCUAGCGACGAGGGUAUGGUUUUGUGAAUUCUCGUGAUGUUCUCAGUCUAGGGUGUCCUGUGGAAGAAUGAGAUGUGAAGGAGUAGACCUGAUGCUUACCUGUGUGAUGGAGUGCAUCAAACACGGCCACGGCAUCGCGUUUGCAGUGAGCAGUACAAGAACAGGAAGAUUCAGUGCUACUGUUACUGAACUACACGGCCAGGUGGUUGUAGGUAGCCAUCUGUUGGGAAAUAAUGCUGGAGCGAGCGGUGCACACUGGAAGCAGUUGGCAGGUUGCCGUGAUCACAUCAACUAUUAUCUAGCUUGCCUACAAGAAGUCCUGAUGAUGCAGCAGCUACAAGGCGGACCUGUAGGUUGGGAGAGGUCAUGCUAAUGCAGUUGACAGGCGUUUGAUAGCUAUGUUAUUAUUGCGUUUGAUAGCUAUGUUAUCAUUGUAUUUAUCUGACUAAAGCCGUGGAAAUAGUGUAACGGAUUUGGAUUUCUUGUAUUCUUCAGUUCUGAUUAAAUUACUUGUUUUUAA